GUUCAUGAUGGUGCUCAUCUGUUUGAUAUUCAGUGUGUUGUCUACAAUAGAACAAUACACCAACUUUGCUAACGAAACAUUAUUUUGGAUGGAGAUGGUCUUGGUUGUGUUCUUCGGCCUGGAGUACGUGAUUCGCCUGUGGUCUGCCGGCUGUCGCAGCAAGUAUAUGGGGGUCAGAGGCAGGUUCCGGUUUGCCAGGAAGCCCAUUUCUAUAAUAGAUUUCACAGUGGUGGUUGCCUCUAUCGUUGUGCUAACAGUCGGCUCCAAUGGUCAAGUGUUCGCUACUUCAGCCAUCAGGGGUGUUCGUUUCCUGCAAAUUUUGCGAAUGCUGCAUGUAGAUCGUCAGGGUGGAACAUGGAGACUUCUCGGCUCUGUUGUAUAUAUUCAUAGGCAAGAGCUGAUCACAACUCUGUACAUAGGAUUUUUAGGAUUGAUAUUCUCAUCCUAUUUCGUCUACCUGGCGGAGAAGGAUAAUGGCGAGGAUUUCACCAGCUAUGCAGAUGCUCUAUGGUGGGGCGUGAUCACAGUAACCACCAUUGGCUAUGGUGACACAGUUCCCAAAACGUGGAUGGGACGAAUCGUUGCUUCGUGUUUCUCUGUGUUUGCCAUUUCUUUCUUCGCUCUGCCAGCGGGUAUUCUGGGUUCUGGUUUUGCUCUCAAAGUUCAACAAAAACAGCGACAAAAACAUUUCAACAGGCAAAUCCCAACUGCUGCUUCUUUAAUACAGUGUCUAUGGAGAUGCCACGCAGCGGAGCCAACAUUCAACUCUUUAGCAACCUGGAAGAUUCAUAUACAGGACAAACACUACAAGCCUCAGAUGAACCACUCAGCUUCCUCGUCUGCCUUGUCUAGGAUGGCCAGAAAGGCAAGUCUUCUCAAAAAACGAAAAAGUGUUAGGAACUCUCUUGGCAGCAGUGGUUUGGAAAGACAGGAGAGCAUGACUUCCUUGACAGGGCAAGAAAUGAAUAAUCAGUUAUUACGCAUUCCAAACGCUGGAGACUUGGAAGAUGAGUAUGAGGAGCUUAUAUACAAACCUGAGCAGCUGACUGACGGUCACAAAGCAAUGAUACGGGUCAUAAGAAAGAUCAAAUUUUUUGUGGCUAGACGAAAGUUUCAGCAAGCGCGGAAGCCAUAUGAUGUCAGAGAUGUGAUAGAACAAUAUUCACAAGGUCAUCUGAAUAUGAUGGUCCGGAUAAAGGAGCUACAACGAAGACUUGAUCAGACAAUUGGUAAACCAACAUAUUAUGGUAAUAUACGAGAAAAGGAGAAGCUAACACUCUGUGCUCGUAUGGGACGACUAGAAAAUCAGGUCAACAGAAUUGAUUCCAAGCUGGACCAGACCAUUGUGCUGUUGAAUAUUCUAGUGCAGCAACAACCACAGCAACUCAGCUCAAGCCAUACCACAUCUCCUGAGGAGGGCUGA